ACAAUAAGAUCAUACAACCGGUAGAACGUAUUAAUUUCAAUACCAUACUUGAGGCAUUAACAAUUACUACAACAGUGGUCGAAAUUGAUAAUAAACGAAUGUUUAUUGAUAAAACGCUAAGUUCGGCAAAG